UUAGGGAUAAAAAAAAAACAACCCGAGCAUUUUGCUGGAAUAAAAGGACGCCAUUCGUUUGAAAAAAGCUUUCACUCUCUGUUCCCCUACCCUUUCCUUCUCUUUCUCUGUGUAUCGAUUUUUCCCAGCACGCUAUUUUUCAGUUUUGUUUUCUUUCUCUAUGUACAAUAGCUAAUUCUUCUAGUAGCUUAAUUUUCUAUACAGAUUAGGGCUAGGGUUUUUAUCUUUUUCUUAUUUUUUUUCAGCUUGUUAUAAGCUUGUAAUUGUAAAAUCCUUGUAUUGUCAUUCUCUUUUUUUAUUUUAAUAAAUUGUAUGGGUUUCAAUUUUGAUGGUAGAUAGUAGAUUGGGGAUUUGGAACUAGGUGUUAGGGUUUUGGGUACUCUAAUGGAAAUGGAGAAUACUCGUAGAUCCUUCGAUAGAUCAAGAGAACCGGGCUUGAAGAAGCCUCGACUGUCUGAGGAGCAAACAAACAUUGACUCUCGCCAUUUCCCUCAGAGUCGGAGGCCAGCUACAGCAGUGCCAGCAACGUCUUCUGCUGCGAGGUAUAGGGCUACCAGUGAUAGAGAAUCGGGGAGCAAUAUUUCGAGCCGUACCGGUGCGUACCAGCCACAACCACAGCAAUAUCAGGAUCUCGUGAGCCGGUACAAGACAGCUCUGUCAGAGCUCAAUUUCAAUUCAAAGCCGAUAAUCAGUAACUUGACUAUAAUUGCUGGCGAGAAUCUCCAUGCAGCGAAGGCGAUUGCUGCUACUGUCUGCGCUAACAUCCUUGAGGUUCCCAGUGAGCAAAAGCUGCCAUCACUAUAUCUUUUAGAUUGCAUUGUAAAGAACAUUGGGAGAGAUUACAUUAAAUACUUUGCUGCCAGACUACCUCAGGUAUUCUGCAAGGUGUAUAGACAGGUAGAUCCUUCUGUGCAUUUGAGUAUGCGACAUCUUUUUGGAACUUGGAAAGGAGUGUUCCCUCCUCUGUCACUUCAGAUGAUUGAGAAGGAACUUGGCUUUGCUUCUGCAGCAAAUGGUUCAUCUUCUGGUACUGCAACUUCUAAGCCUGAUUCACAGUCAAGGCACCGACAACAUAGAAUUCAUGUUAACCCCAAGUAUUUGGAAAUACAGAGUCUUCAGCAAUCAGGCAGGGCAAAAGGACUUGCUAAUGACUUGACUGUUCCUAUAACCAACUCAACUGAGGAUGCGGAAAGUCUGGAAAGACCGGAAAGAGUAGCUGGUAUUGGUCCUGGACGCUUAUUGGUAGAUCCUCCUGUUAAAAUACAUAACAUUCAACGUUCUCAUAGAGAAACACCAAAUGAACCUGUUCAUGAGAAGAAAAUCAAUGCAAUGUAUGGAGAUCUUGAGCAUACUUCUGACAUUUCAAGGAACUCAGGCUCAGGUAUUGGAAGAAUCAGUAGAAAGGUUGCUGAACAAGGAUAUGAAAAACCUCAGUAUGGAGCUGGCAACAGUGUCACCGAAACAAUAGUUGACCAAACAAAUGGUUUCAGUAUGAAGCAUGGAUUUCCAAAUUUCUCAAUGAGAAAGGCUGCUAAUGUUGAUUUGCAUCGACAGCCAACACAGAGCGUUACAAGUAAAAGCAGCAGUGCUGUGUCGGAUAGCUGGAAAAACACCGAGGAAGAGGAGUUUAUGUGGAAUAUGCACUCUAGGUUAUCAGAUCAGGAUGCAGUUAAUCUUUCUAAUAAGUCCAAGAAAGAACUUUGGACAUGUGAUGAUGGAAAGAAAAUGGAGUUUGAGUAUCAACUUAGGAAACAGGAAGAUGCACAUGAGGUUGUAUCUAGGUUUGGCAAUCCACCUGCACCUUCAUUUCCAGCGCGCUCACACCAACAAUUGCAAAAUUCCAUGGAGCAAGACCUUUCUCGUCCUGAUUACAAGGCACAUCAUUUGUCAGUGAAUGUGCUGCAGUCAAAUGUUCAGCUUGGCAACUUGCAAAAACUGCAGCCUGAAGACUUGCCAUCAUCAUCUCCUUCACUACCUUCUUUUCAGCGGAGCUGCCGGCAUCCUAUUUUGCAGCCACGACAAGCAGACUCCAAACGAGUUGAACCUUCUGGUCUAGUUUCCAAAAUUCUUACUCCAACACUGGGAAGUUCUGCACCAGGUCAUUCAACUCCACUUAGUGCAGAAGUUUCAGGCGAGUCAAGCACGAGUGGUUUGUUGGCUGCCGUUAUGAGUAGUGGAAUUCUCUCCAAUAUAACCACUGUUGGCUUCGCUAACAAAAGUUCUCAGGAUAACGGGCAAAAUCCAGUUGACUCGAAAAUUCAUCCUCCUCUUUCAAGUGGAACUUCUCCUUCCCAAAUUACAUCUUCUUGGCCAAGGGUUACAUCCCCAUCAGGUCCUCUGUCACUUGAUGUCACAUCAGUCACCUCAAAUAUUUCUCAGAGGAAAGUAGAGCAGCCUCCUGGUUCUCCACCUUCAUAUGUUCAGACUUCAAGUGCAGUGAAUAAGGUAGAUGAUCCAAUAUCAAACCUUUGGAGCUCAUUAAUUGCCAAGGGUUUGAUAUCAGCAUCGAAGUCGGAGACAUCAUCUUCCUUACCUCCUCAGAUGCCUACUCAAUCAGAGACAAAGAACCCAAGCAUUACCAACUCUAGCAACACAUCAACUUCUUCUCUUCCAGUUUCCUCUGUCAUUCCCCAUUCAUCCACCAAAGAUGAAGUUUUAUUGCAUGUGCCUGAUGCUAAAAAGUCUGUUGUGUUGCCCCAAUCCACUUCAGCAGAGAUAAGAACUCUUAUAGGAUUGGAGUUCAAAUCAGAUAUAAUUCGAGUAUUACAUCCUCUUGUGAUUUGUUCACUCUUUGAUGAUCUUCCGCAUCAGUGCAGCGUAUGUGGACUAAAACUCAAGCUUAAAGAAAGGCUUGAUAGGCACUUGGAGUGGCACACUUGGAGGAAGUCAGAACCAGAUGGUAGAAAUAAGGUUACAAGGAGAUGGUAUGCAUGUUCAGGGGACUGGGUUACUGGAAAAACAGAGCUACCACUUAGAAUUGAGUCUUCUGUUUUCACUGAUGAGUUGGUGAGGACAAUGGAUGAGAAUGAACCUAUGGUUCCUGCAGACGGAGAUCAAUGUCUAUGUGUUUUGUGUGGUGAGCUGUUUGAAGAUUACUAUAGUCAUGAAAGGAAGAAAUGGAUGUUUAAAGCAGCAAUGCACUUGUCACUUACCUUGAGGGAUGGCAGGAUAGGAACUACUAGUGAGAAUGCUGAGGGUCCCAUUGUGCAUGUGAACUGUAUAUCAGAAAGUUCAGUUUAUGAUUUAGGACUUGCUAGUGAUAAUGAAAUGGAUGGAUAACGUCUCAAAUUUGAAAACGAGACACCGUGACUGAUUGGCAGGUAGAAGCUGACUCGAGGAGUUUCAGGUUUACCAUACAUGAGUUUUAUGAAUGGGCAUAUGAUGCUAAUUUUAUAGUGCAUCAAAGUGGUGCUGAGUGCCGUUGUAAUAUUCCUGCUUGUUUUUGUAUUUUUUAAAUCCUUUCCUCCCUGAUUUUCAUAUUCCAAUAGAAAUACAUAUAGAUACCAGAUAGUUUAACUUUACACCUAAACUUUCUUCACUAAUGUGGCUGUGUUGUUUGUCUUUUUUAAUUUAUGGAAGCGGGUCUGCAUUCUGCACUCAAUACCAUCAUCCGAUGUCAGCAACAAAAGGCAAACAGUUUCUCAUUCAGCUUUGCAAUUCGCUUUGAUCAAAUUACUCGAAUAUGAAUGAAGCUGCUGCCUUAUAUUCUAUUUUCUUGUUUCUUUUUCCAUUUCCCUUUUGUAAAUCCGGCACGGCUAUUUACUGCAUCAUUUCUUCUAUGGGUCGCUUGAGACAAUAAUAUGGUAUGCAUUUUUUCUCUAUGAAAAUUGCUUUGUCCUUA